ACAUCAUCUCCGCGCGCCGAGGAGUUCAAUGAAAGUUGAGUGAAUGUUGAGAUUGUGGCUAUAGUUAUGAGUGCCGUUCAGCGGGCGUUAAAGAAACACUUCGGAUUCGACAGCUUUCGAUCUCGACAGCAGGAAGAUGCGGUGAAAGCAGUGCUGAAGGGUGAAGACGCAUUCACACCGGACUGUUAGAAAACAAACGCCGGGAGUUAGCUCCGUGCUAGUGCAGCUCACAAUGACAGUGUGCGAAUGUUUAUGCUACAUUUUGGGAGGAGCCUGGGGAACAAAUGUCCCCAAAGGGAUAGUAAAAAGAGAUUUUUUUGACACGAGGGGAAUGAUACAAAUAAAUUAUGGGACAGGGAUGUGUUCGUCCUCAUGCCCACUGGAGCAGGGAAGUCUCUGUGCUAUCAGCUGCCCGCUCUUCUGGCCAGCGGCAUUACUCUGGUCAUCUCUCCUCUGAUCGCCCUCAUCCAGGAUCAAGUGGAGCACCUGAAAGCUCUGAAUGUUCCCGCGCGCUCCAUCAACUCCAAGCUCCCCUCGGCUGAGCGGCGGCAGAUCCUGGCGGACCUGGAGAGCGAGAGCCCCCGGCUCAAGCUGCUCUACAUCACUCCGGAGAUGGUGGCGUCCCCGUCCUUCCAGCCCUGCCUGAGCUCCCUGCGCGAGCGGGGCCUGCUGGCGUACCUGGCCGUGGACGAGGCUCACUGCGUCUCUCAGUGGGGACACGACUUCAGGCCGGACUACCUGAAGCUCGGGGCCCUGCGCUCCCGUCUGCGGGGGGUCCCCUGCGUGGCGCUGACGGCCACGGCUCCCAGGAGAGUGCAGGAAGACAUCGAGCGCUCGCUGGAGCUGCGCUCGCCGCUCGUCUUCGCCACGCCCGUUUUCCGCGAAAACUUGAAAUACGACGUGAUGUUCCGGGAUCUGCUUCCUGACCCUUACGCGCACUUGCUCGCGUUCGCCAAAGAGGCUCUGGGUGGAAAUACAGCGGAAAAGGGCUGUGGGAUCGUUUACUGUCGCACCAGAGAGAGUUGUGAGGAAGUGGCUCAUAAGCUGACUAAACUGGGAAUCGCAGCCAAGCCCUAUCACGCAGGGCUGAAGGCGGCCGACCGCACCGAGAGUCAGACUGACUGGAUGGCCGAUAAAGUGCCUGUUAUUGUGGCCACCGUCAGUUUUGGUAUGGGAGUGGACAAGGCCAACGUCAGGUUUGUCGUUCACUGGAACCUGGCGAAGUCUUUGGCCAGUUACUAUCAGGAGUCGGGCCGAGCCGGACGGGAUGGACUGCCGUCGUCCUGCAGGAUAUACUACUCUCCCAAAGACAGAGACCAGCUCAACUUCCUCAUCCGCAAAGAGAUCGCCCGCAAACAGGAGAAGCGCGGAUCAGAGAAAGAGCAGGACAAGGCGCCCAUCCUGGACUUCGAGGCGAUGGUUGCUUUUUGUGAACAAGAAGGGUGCAGACACGCCACCAUCUCACAGUUUUUUGGCAACCAGAAGCCCGACUGCGCCGGAGCGUGUGACUUCUGCCGUGACCCCAGCCUGGUGCGCGCCCAGCUGGCGAGAGCAGCCGCCCUCAGCACCAGAACCGGCCCGGCACAGAGCGCGGGGCCCAGGGGGCCCUUCGGCUUUGACCCGGAACUCUACGCCGGAGGCAGGAAGGGUUACGGCUUUGAGAGGUAUGAUGAGGAAUGGGGCAAUGAGGAAGAUGACUCGGAGAAGAGGAAGAAAGAAUUCGGAGAUCUCUUCAAGAAACAGAUGAGCAUGAGAAGGAGUUCGGACGUGGCUAAAGAGACGUUUGCUCCACCAGACGCCGACUGCAUGUUGAAGGAUGCCAGCAGUCAGAGAAUCCCCAGGCUCACGGUGAAGAGCAGAGAGCACUGUCUGUCUCUCCUGCAGGAGCGCCUGAGCAACCACAGGGGGGCAGCCGAGCUCUCACACAGCUCGGACACUCUUGAUCAGGCUGUAGAAAUAGAGCACGAGAUCUUCAGAGCCAGUAAAUCAGCAAACCUGUACAAGGCCGCAGUCCUCAAGAGAGUGUCAGAGAUGAAGAAAAGUGCAGCUGAAGAGAAACGGCCUGACCCGAAUGAAGAGACGGCAAGCUGCUCUUCAUCAUCUCAACCUCUAGACGGCUUCACUUCAGCCUCUCAAGUCUACUCACUGAAGAGGAAGCGCAUAGGAGCGGGAUUUCGCGGCUCGUCCGGCCUGUUUCAGACAGCUGGAGAUCUUCUGAAGAACUCUCAGAAGGAGACGCCUGCCACGGACAAAACACCUGGAGACCCCAUCUGUGAGGAAGAGCAGGAGGAGGAAACGGAAAGAACACGGAAGAGGAAAAGCGGCGACUCAUCUCCCAUCAAAGCCAAAAGCAGCCCCAGUAAAAGACUCACUAAGAAACAGCAGAAGCUGGCAGAAGCGGCCAAAGACACGCGUCGCAUCUCGCAGUAUUUCGGAAAAAAGCAAGUGGACACCGCUCAGACGAAAGCAGGAAGCGUUACGUCAGAGCCCGAGGAAGAAGUCCCUCAGAAUCACUCGUCUUUGCUAAAUAACACAGACUUGAUAACGAAGAACAGCGCAGCUACGGAGGCAGAAGGCGUCUCGGAGAAAGUCACCGCCGCUCUUCUGCACACGAGUGCGUCUGCAGAAGGGACGCCCGUCCGAGACGAGAUGCCCAUCAACACUGAAAGGACGGAAGGCCAAGCGCUUCGGGGAGAGAACCACGAACCUGACACCCAACAAAUAUCACCAAAACAAUCACGUGAGGACGGAUCCCCACCGCCUCCUGCGAAGCGCAGCCGCGUGAUGAAGGACACUAAGAGAGUGACCUUUGACCCGGUGGUGCAGGAGACGCAGUUUGACGCCGUGAACGGAGACGCCGCUGAAAUCUCGCCAAAGCCUGUGACGCUGAAGGAAGCUGCUGAUAUCGUGGUGCGAUGCCUGGAUCCCUUCUACAAAAAGGGCAAAUUUGCAACAAAGGAUUUGUUCAAAUCCUUUGCCCGUUUCCUCUCCCAUCUUCUCACGGAGGGAAAAACUGCAAAUCGAGGCCAAGUGAAGACGGAAGCGAAGAGCCUCAUCAAGGGCUUCUUCAGCAGGAUUCAGCGCUGCGAGAGCGAGACGGACUGGAGACACUUGAAAGUGGAGGACAGAUAGCCAUCUUCGUCAUUAUGUCCCUUCGUCCAAACCUCUGGAGCUGUGAUCCUUUCAUUGCCCGAGAUGCUGCUGUAUUUCUCAGGUGUAUGGUGACGGCCGGAGCGUAUAUUGCACAUUAAUACGAGCGGCUGAAAAUGCCGUUUUAUUUUUUGAAGACCGCAAUAGCUAUAAUGUAGCAUUAGUUGCUUGUAAUGCACUCGGUGUAGUAUGAACUGUGAUGAAAACUACAUUAAAAGGCAAGUGUGCACAAAUGGAAGAA